AUGCUCCUGUCAUGUGCAGGAUGCGACAAACCAAUUAUGGAUCAGUACCUGCUGAAUGUUUUGGACCGAGCAUGGCACAUCGAGUGCGUCCGUUGCUUCGAUUGCAGAACCGCGUUGCAGGACAAGUGCUUCUCCAGGGAGGCGAAACUCUUCUGCAGGGAGGACUUCUUCAGGCGGUACGGAACGAAGUGCGGCGGUUGCCUCCAAGGGAUCAGCCCGCAGGACCUCGUGAGGAAGGCGAGGGACAAGGUUUUCCACCUGAAUUGCUUCACCUGCCUGGUGUGUCGGAAGCAGAUGAGCACCGGAGAGGAGCUCUACGUCCUGGACGACAACAAGUUUGUCUGCAAGCAGGACUACCUGUCGGGCAAGCCGCUGCCGGACACGCAUCACGUGCACGGUCAUCAUGUGGGAGGCGACUCGCUGAUGGGUUCAGGAUCGGAGGACGAGGACGAGGACGGUAGUGCACACCAUCAUCACAGUGGUGUCGGUGGCCCUCACCUGGGGCCUCAUAAUCUGGGCCCGGGUGGUCCUGGUGACCAGACGGUUGGCCAUACUGGCGAUCUACCUCUUGGAAACGAUCCCUGCAAGCAGGAGGACUCGGAGGAUCAAGGUUCCCUGGACGGAGAUCCCGAGACGAGGGACAGCCAAACGGAGAACAAAAGUCCGGACGGCGGGGCUGGCGGUGGUAGCGGCGACGGCGGUGCCGGCUCGAAGAGGCGAGGCCCGAGAACGACCAUAAAGGCGAAACAGUUGGAGAUUCUGAAGUCGGCCUUUUCGUCGACUCCGAAACCCACCAGGCACAUCAGGGAACAGUUGGCGAAAGAGACUGGCCUGCCCAUGAGAGUGAUACAGGUCUGGUUCCAAAACAAGAGGAGCAAGGAGCGCAGGUUAAAGCAGCUGACGUCCAUGGGCAGAAGCCCGUUCUUCGGCGGUUCCAGAAAAAUGAGGGGCUUCCCAUUGAACCUGAAUCCCGGUGCUCUGGGCGGCGAGGACGGACCGCCGCCUGGCUUUCCAUAUUUCGGCGCGGAGAAGUUCGAAUUCGGUUACGGCGGGCCCGUGGCGUUUCAUCAUGAAUUCUUCGGUGCUCAUCCGCCCCCUCAUCCGCACGGACCACCCUUCAGCGGGCCGGGCAAUCCAGUACGUAAUCUGUUCCUGACAGGCUUGGACCCGGCGAGUUUAGCGGGGAUGGCGGCCGCAGUGGCGGUGACAGGGGAAUACCCACCUCCAGGCGCGGGAGGCGGCCCUCCGGAAUUUCUCACGGGCCCCCCUGGACAGGGGCCCCCUGCACCCCCUGGCGGUAGCCCAGGCGAGUUCCUAGCACCUUCAGGUGGAGCACAGGGUAACCCCAGCGCCGGCGGUAAUGGCGGCGGUCCAGGUGGCGGAGGCAGCGGGGGUGGUUUCCUGGAGCCGCACCAGAUGCAGAGCGAGGGUCUGGCCUGGUAG